AUGAAAGUACUGGUAACAUUAUCUGCAGUGCUUGCACUUACGAUUGCUCUCCCACAAAGGAGAGUAUCGUUGAAGCCAGAAUCAGGACUGAACGACCAACAGACAGCUGAACAAAACUACAACUACCAACCAGAAUACAAGCAAUCAGAGUACAGACCCAUUGAAGAUUUCAGACCAAAAGUACAGUUGGAGACCACCACGUUCAUACCUAUCAUAAGUUUUGAUAAAGAACAGGGAACCGACGGAAGCUAUAAGACUUCAUACGAAACUGGUAACCACAUCCAAGCCGAAGAACAGGGUUCUUUUAAAACAGUCGGUGAAAACCAAAAUGUGUUGGUACAACAGGGUUCAUACUCUUACACAGCCCCCGACGGUCAAUUAAUCACUAUCGAAUACAUCGCCGACGAACUUGGCUUCAGGGUCAAGGGUGACCAUCUUCCAACCACAUCACCGUUAUCACCUGAAAUUCAAAAAAGCCUUGAUCUCAUUUACAAAGGCAUUGAAGCUAAUAAGGAACGCGAUACGUUAGAGGCCAAGAACAACCCAGAAGCAGCAAAGCAGCAAGGAGAUAAGGCAGCUCUUGACUACCAAGGUUUCUACUACCAGCAGUAG